CACUGCCAAGGAGGACUUAGGGGCGAGAAGAGUGUGUUUCUUUUCUUCUCUGGUGUGUUUUCUUUCUCUUCCGCCUGGCUUCCCUCAUGAGCUGUUAAUACCAGCCCCGGUCCCGAGGAUGAGGAGGAUCUAUUUGUGAGGAAGGCGCGACAAAGGAAGAGAGAACAAGGAGCAACAGGGUGGUAAAUUCUGCGAGCAGGAGUGAGCGAGAAGAUCUUUUCUUUUUCUUCAGGCUCGAGAAAGGACUCCUGACUCCCAGAAGCAGCAGCCAUGUGAGAGGAGCUGUCAACAAGCAGAGGAUGCCCACAUCCAGCUAAAGCCGUGCAGCGCCCCCCCUCCCUCCUCCCUCCCUCCUGCGCCCUCCCUUCUUCCCACAUGAGGACGAGAAGAUGACUAUCACCAGCCGGCAGUCCUUCAAUGUCCUGACGGUCAUUUUCCUCCUGCUGUCCACUGCAGCACUCUCAGCUCAUUACCGGGUGUGUGAACCCUACUCUGACCACAAGGGGCGUUACCACUUUGGCUUUCACUGCCCACGCCUCUCAGACAACAAGACCUACAUGUUCUGCUGCCACCACAACAAUACCGCCUUCAAGUACUGCUGCAACGAGACUGAGUUCCAGAUGGUCAUGCAGAUCAACCUCACCACCACCUCAGAUGGAUAUGCACACAAUAAUUAUACAGCCCUGGUUGGCGUGUGGAUCUACGGCUUCUUUGUCAUGGUGCUGCUGGCGCUGGACUUUCUCUACUAUUCAGCCAUAAACUACGAGCUGUGUCGAGUCUACCUGGAGAAAUGGGGUCUGGGAGGACGCUGGCUGAAGAAGGCUCGGAGUCAGUGGCACAGGUCCAUGCCAGAGGAAAGUGAAGUCCAAGCUCAAGCUCAGCCCAUGGUCCCUAGCCACUACCAGCCCCGGCACAGCCUCCGAGGGGAGAGUCACAGCCCUACACUCCUGCCCUACAACACAUCCACUGCAUGAAUGAUGCAGCAAGUGGACAAACCGAAGAGUAGCAACACCUUGUUCCCUUACGUGGUACAGAGGAGAUGCCCGACAGAUGCCCCUCUCUGGACCACAGAUACAAAGACUACUGGUGGGCUAGCCAUACUGUAGUAGUUAGAAGUUACUACUGCCCCUUUCUAAUGAGCACAAAACACCCGUGGACUGACAGAAGCAGGCUGAUAUGGCAUUUAGAAACACAGCUGAACAAAGUUUGAAGGGAAAGACAGAGAACAGUACUGCUGCUGCCAUGGCAUAGGAGUGGCAGACACAUUCAGCUGCUUAGAGGUGUUCAGUGAUGCCCUGAAAUGGCUACCAAGGCCUGCAGUAUCCCAAACAAAUCCAAGAUGAACUGGAUAAACUGUACUUGCAAGCAAGGAAGCUUGCCUGUUUUUGAACAACAACAAAAAAAUCUCAUUUUUCUAGAUAUAAAAUGUUUAUUACACUGCUGUGUCAGUUUGUGUUCAGUAGCAGUUAGACACAGUUGUGGGUUAUCUAUUUGGUGAUUUAUUUAUGUGAACUAGCCAGAGAAAUAUAUGAGUGAUUAACAUUCGCAACAUGUAACAGCUUAGGUUGAUGCUGAGCAUCUCACUUAGAGUAGAAUGUUUUUGUUACUUACUGAAACCAGACACAAAAUGUCUCAGCAGCCAUGUUGAAAAACAAUAUCUUGUAUGAAAUGUUUUAGGUCUCCUUUCUGCAAAACAAGUGAUUUCUCUAUAUUGUAAUGUGUCUGAUAAGGACAUAACGCCAUACAGUUAAACUGCUGUAGAUCUAAAGGUUUUACAUUAGGUCAUCAAGAUUUCUCUUUGGUCUUACCAAAGAUAAGGAAAGGGAUCUUGAGCCUGAAUAAAUUACUUCACCCAAAACAUUAACGAGGAUCAGGGAUGCCUUCAGAACAGCAAAGAGCUUUUUGCUAAGUUAGACAUAACCUUAACCUUUAGCUAUGAGCCUUCAACCCCAUUUGAGACCAGAACAUAUAAAGUUAGUAUGAGACAGUUGCCUCUGUAAACUCAUCCAAUGACUUGUUUGGCCUUCCUCAUUACCAGAGCUGCCUGAAAAACAGCUCCAUUAGCAAUAUGAUGCAAAUGAAUAUCCAUUAGGUUCCUUUAUAAGGAGCACUCCAUAUCCCACACUGGUAAUAGACAAUUGUAAGCGAUUAGCCAUAACAGAAAUGUUAAGAAAUCCAUUAAAAUCCCCUUCACUGUCAGCAAUAAUGUACAGUAGCUUAAUCAGAAGGAUGACAUGGUAUGUAAAAGUCAGAGGGGCCAGCCAAAUGAGCACUGGGUAAUCACUGAGGAGCUCGGCUCGGUUUACAUUUAAAAUGAAGAUGGAGUCAAUGAAACGGACAUUCAGUAUUUCUGGAUAAUGAACUCAUUUGAAAAAGGUCUUCAGCCAUUUCUGUGUCAGUUUUGUAUGGAGCCAAGUGAAAACAGUGAUUUUUUUUUUUUAAGAAAAGUCUCUACUUACUGAAUAUUAAUAAUUAUUUUCUCAAUUAAUCAAUGAAUGAUUUGAACGAUAAAACUGAUCUCUGACAGCCUGAGUCAGAUAUUUCACAGUCCAAAACCACAGGAUUUCCAGUUCACUGUUGUAUAUGACAAAGAAAAGCAUAAAAUCUUUGCAUUUGGAACCAGCAAAUGAAAAAUUACAAAAAUGAAUAAUCAGUUAUCAAAAUAAAAUCCUCCACGACCGCAAGAUUAAUUUCAUUAUUGAUCGAUCUGCCACUUAUAUUCUCAAUUAUCGUUUGGUCUAUGAAGUGUCAGAAUAUAGUGAAAAAUGCCUGUAACAGUUUGGUGAUGUCUUCAGAUUAUUCUUUUUGUCCAACAAACAGUCCAGUAACAAAAGAUAUUCAAUUAACUACCACAUUAGAUAAAGAAAAGCAGCAGGAAGCAGGAACAAGGGAAUUAUUGUGCCAUUUUUGCUUGAAAAAAAAAUUAAAUAACUUGAUUAUCAAAAUUGUUCCAGAUUAAUUUCCUUUCGCCCAACAUAAGAGGACAAACUAUUUCAGCUCGAAGACCAUGACAUUGUAAAGAAAUGCUUCAUGCUCAAAUCUGAAUUAACUGCUGAGAUAAAUUCUCUGUGAUCAUAAAAUGCUGUCCUUUCCGUCUAAGGAGAACAAACAAAGCAGCUGUUGAUGCCAGACUGUAUAUGAGCAACGUAGUGUGAAGACCAGGUGGACAGUAGGUACAGUACAAGAGGGGUACCUGUCCCAGUCUUGUAUCUGUAACUAGUAAUCUGGCAGCUGCUGAGCCUGUACGUGCGCAGAAUCUCUGGUCCGUGCACAUGUUGCAAUGUCCUCGUCAAAAGCUAACAAGAGAAACAGUUAAACGAGGCACUGCUGAAGGGGGGCUCUGAGCCAGCUCACUGGGUCUUGCCAUCAUAUUUAUCCUCUCUGUUUCAUGAAAUUUAAAUUGGACCCUGACCGAACUCUAGUCAAGUGCUGUGAGUGGGGCCUGCCGGGCGUCAUCCUCAGUUAUCAGCAAUAAUAUUCGCAUUUGCUGAGUUGUUAAAGCAAGUUAAUUCCCAUUUCAAUGGCUAAAGUUUAAUUGCAUGUGUGCCCCAGCAGGCUCAUGCCAUCGCUUUCAGGGGCAGAGAAACAGGAUGUGUCCAAGUGAAAUAAUUGGCCCAGAGAUCCGCAGUGGUUCUAAAUUACACUCUUUUGCUCUCUCUGUGUAGCUGCCUCCCUAUUCCCAGAGUGUGAUCAGCAGCAGCAAACAGGGAAGAGAAUUUUUUAACAGGUGCAGAAGCACAAAGUGGAUUUAAUUAGUCCUCAGUGCUGGAUAAGCAGGAAAAAUCUAAUAUGUUAGAGAACAUGUCUCUUUUCAGGGCUCUCGGUUGUGUGUUCUGACCUGUAAUAAGGCAAAGGAGGUUUGUUUUUAUCACCAGUAAAGUAAUAAUCACACCCAGGGAAAAAAGAAAAACUUAAUUUUGCUUCUGACAAGCAUUAGCAGGGUCAGAAAUGAUUCCUUCAAGAGACACAUAAGGAAUCUUUCCCCCAUUUCUUAAAAUGUUAUAACUUGGUUUUGUGAUGUUUUCUGUUUUGUUGAAAACAGUCUUAACUCUGGCCUGAUGUGAUGUGGUACUGUAAAUCGUAUCAGCUCAACCCUCUACCCCCCCCCCCCCCCCCCCCAAAAAAAUAAUAAUGAUAAAUAAAUUAAAAAAAAAAAAAAAAAA